GCGUUGCUUCAGGUGUUUCAGGUGUUUCAGGUGUUUCUAGCGUAGACGUGCUGUUUCCGGUCCUCUCAAGUGUUUCCUGUGCUCUCAGCUAUUUCCGGUGUCUCCAGGUUGUAAACAUGAAAACAGAAAGCCAGGCUGAGGUGUGCGGCGCAAACUGAGCCAUGAUUUCAAACCUGAUCCUCUUUAAAACCUCGAAAAGUUUCAGAGGAUGAAACAGACAAGAGCACAGAGAACGAUUCAACCGUCAGAUCAAUAAUAACGGUGAGGCUGGGAUUUUACCGCCAUGUCGUCCAAAAAACGCCCAGACGGGGACGAGCGCUUCCUCCGGGUCCAGAAGGACCCGCGGUUCUGGGAGAUGCCAGAGAGGGAGCGCAAAGUCAAGAUCGACAAACGCUUUCACUCCAUGUUCCACGACGAGCGCUUCAAGGUCAAGUACACGGUGGACAAGCGAGGGCGGCCCAUCAACCACACCUCCGCUGAGGACCUGAAGCGCUUCUACAAACUGUCCGACUCCGAGGAGGAGGAAGCUGGCGAGGGCGAGGAAGCAGCAGAGGUGAAGAAGAAGAAGGAGGAUGUUGGCGGCGCCAAAGCAGAGCAGCCUAAAGGAGCAGCGAGUCUCUCUGAAGGUGAUGAAGAUGAUGACGAGCAGCGGUCUGCAGAGGAGGAUGAAGAUGACCUAAGCGUCUCUGAUGAGGAGGAGGCGGCGCAGAGUGACGAGGCGAGUGGAUCUGAUGAAGAGGAGUCGGGCCUGGAUUCGGGGGACGACAGCGACAGCGGGCCGGAUCUGGCCCGGGGGAAGGGCAACAUCGAGACGAGCUCGGACGAAGACGACGAGGACGACGUGGGCGCCAUCCUGAGGAAAGAGGAAGAGGAGAUCGAACACAACUGGGGGGAGCUGUGCAAAGACGCGCCGCGGAGCGACGAGGUGUCAGCGCGGCUCGCCGUCUGCAACAUGGACUGGGACCGGCUGAAGGCCCGAGACCUGCUGGCUCUGCUCCAAUCCUUCACGCCCAAAGGCGGCGCCGUGCUCUCUGUGAAGAUCUACCCGUCAGAGUUUGGGGAGGAGAGGCUGAAGGCGGAGGAGAGUCAGGGACCGAUGGAGCUGAAGGCGCUGCCCGACGACUCGGAGGACGACACGGAGGAGGAGAGGGUUUACAGGGAGAAGCUGCGGGACUACCAGUUCAAGCGUCUGAAGUAUUUCUACGCCGUGGCGGAGUGCGACUCGGCCCAGACGGCGGCGAAGAUCUACGAGGAGUGCGACGGCUACGAGUACGAGAGCAGCUGCUCCGUCCUCGACCUGCGCUUCGUUCCCGAUGACGUGAAGUUUGACGAGGAGCCCAAAGACGCGGCGACGGACGUAAACCUGUCGGCCUACACGCCCAAGCUCUUCACCUCGUCUGCGACCGCCACCUCGAAGGUGCAGCUGACGUGGGAUGAAACCGAUCACGAGCGCGUGACGGCCCUAAACAGGAAGUUCAACAAAGACGAGCUGCUGGACAUGGACUUCAGAGCCUACCUGGCCUCCUCCAGCGAAGAGGAGGAGGAAGGUGGUGGUGACGGAGCCUUUGAAGAGGACGUGAAGACGGCGGCAGACGAGCGCGUCGUAGAGGCGCAGGAGAAGAAGAAGAAGAGCGAGGAGCAGAUCUCCAAGUACAGAGAGCUGCUGAAAGGCAUCCAGGAGAAAGAGAAGAAGGUGCAGGAGGACAAAGACAUGGAGAUGGAGGUCACCUGGGUGCCAGGCCUGAAGGAGACGACGGAGCAGCUGGUGAAGAAGAAGCUGGAGGCCAAAGACGUGCUGACGCCCUGGGAGGAGUUCCUGCAGAAGAAGAGAGAGAAGAAGAAGCAGAAGAAGUGUGAGAGUAAACAGGGAGCGGGCGAGGGAGCGCUCAGCGACGACGAGCUUCCUUCAGACGUCGACCUCAGCGACCCCUUCUUCUCCGAGGAGCUCGGUGCUGCAGACAUGAAGAAGAAACAGAAAGGGAAGAAAAAGAAGAAGCAGGAGGAAGAGCGACGGACGGCCGAGGAGGAGGAGGAGCUGCAGAAACAGAAGGCUCAGAUGGCUCUGCUGAUGGACGACGACGACAAACACAAACACUUCAACUACGACAAGAUCGUGGAGCAGCAGAACCUGAGCAAGAAGAAGAGGAAGAAGCUGCUGAAGAAAGGGGAGGAGCUGCCGGAGGACGACCACUUCCAG